CAACCAAUUUGAUUAGCAGAGUUAAUUCGCUCACUCAUGCUUUAAUUUUACAAUUCUUAGAAUCAAACAAGUAUAAGAAUACUUUGGCAGAAUUCCGUAAGGAGGCUAAUGAAAUUAUCGAAAAUAAUCCUAAAUUAUUUGAUGAAUUGCCUUUGACCGCAAUUGUACAAAAUUAUAUUAUGGAGGAAAUGAGAAAUGAUUUUAAAAAUAUGUUGCCAAAAGAUGGUCGACAUUUUAAAUCUAUUUCAAACCAAAUUAAUGAUGAAAAAUUGGUCAAAUUAUUAGAUUUGGUAAAAAAAAUCAAAACAAUUUCCUUUUCAGAAUAA